AUGCUGGGUGGCGUGGGAGGCCGGCACGCGUCGGUGCGCCGGCGCGGCAGCUCCCCGGGAGUGCACGCGCGGCGCGAGUCGCCGCCGGCGUCGCCGCGCCCGCCCCGCCGCCGCCGCGCCGCCAUCGCCGUCUCCGACCAUAAGACCUGUGCGCUUAUACAUACGCGCCUUAAGCUCGGGGAUAUUAUGAAACCGUACGAAACUCGUACCUCAAAUUUACCCCAAGAUCUCUUAAGCUAUGGGCUCAAAAUAUUCAAUUUCACUGAUUGCUUCCUCCCAACAGGCUGUUCGGGCUUAAGUCAUGUUCAAAGCCAUGUAACU